AAUUUCUAUGUCCUGAUCAUAGAUCCCAUAGAUAAUGUCUAUGGGAAUGAUACGUCGUAAAUUAAAGUAAAUAAAUAUUUGUUGUUUACCAAAGUUCAAUAGGCGUUACCUUGGAUGAUUCAACAAAUAUAAUAUCUUGUUUUUACCGGAUCUAUACACAUUGUGCAAUUUACUUCGAAAUGGCGGAAUCUACUGUGAACUGGAAAGAAGCAAAGUCGAUUUAUGAAUUUACUGUAAAUGAUAUUAAUGGUCAACCAGUUUCCCUAGAGAAGUAUAAGGGACAUGUAUUGAUUAUUGUUAAUGUUGCUUCUAAAUGUGGAUAUACAAAUAAUCAUUAUACAGAAUUGAAUGAACUGUAUGAUGAAUAUGCUGAAAGCAAAGGAUUGAGAAUCCUUGCCUUCCCUUGCAAUCAAUUUGGAGGGCAAGAGCCAGGUGAUAGUGAUCAGAUUUGUGAGUUUACAAAAAAGAAAAAUGUCAAGUUUGAUUUAUUCGAAAAAAUAAAUGUGAAUGGAAAUGAUGCACACCCGCUAUUUAAAUAUUUGAAAGAGAAACAGGGUGGAUUUUUGCUUGAUGCUAUCAAGUGGAAUUUUACAAAGUUUAUUAUUGACAAAAAUGGCCAACCAGUUGAUAGGCAGGGACCUAAUGUAAGCCCUAAAGGUCUGAUUAAAACUUUGGAAAAAUAUUGGUGAAAAGAGUAUGUGUAUUCAGAUGAAUAUUCUCUUAACAAUAUAUUAUUUUUUAUUGGUGUUUGAUAUAUUUUCUGAAAUAUUUUUAAAGUUUAUGAUUGUUCUUUAAAUUUCAGAGACUGAUAAAUUUAUAUAUUUUAUUAACCUUGUUUCCCUGAAAAUAAAUAUAUGAUACUAC